AGGGGGGGAGCCGCAGUGCGAGUGGGCGAGUGACGUCACGGCGGCGAGGUCCCGCCCCCGGGCUCUGCACCUCUCGCUGCCCGGCACGUCAGCCCAGAGCAGCGGCGGGGGCGGCGGAGGAAGCGACCGCUGCUUAGGCGCGGAGGCCACUGAGGCGGCGGUGGGGGCGAGAGCACAGAGCCAUUGUCCGGCCUGCUACCGCGACCAGCCCGGAAUCCGCAGAGCCCCAGGGGACGGCCUGUAUCAAGACCCAAGGCUAGGCCCCGGCCCGGCAGCUCGCGCCCGGUGGGUAAGGCCCAUCGCACUGUCCCCUUCGCGAUCGCGGCCCCCCCCCCCCACCAUGUCCGCCACCAUCCCCGCUCCCAUCCCCGCGCCCCCCUGCAGGAUGGCGAGCAGCAUAGUCGGGGGCAAAUACGAGCUGCUGCGGAAGGUGGGGGCCGGCUCGUUCGGCGACAUCUACCUGGCCAUCAACAUCACGAACGGCGAGGAGGUGGCGGUGAAGCUGGAGUCGCAGAAAGCCAAGCACCCCCAGCUGUUGUACGAGAGCAAGCUGUACAAGGUCCUGCAAGGCGGGGUGGGCAUCCCGCACAUGCGUUGGUACGGCCAGGAGAAGGACUACAACGUUCUGGUCAUGGACCUGCUGGGGCCCAGCCUGGAGGACCUCUUCAAUUUCUGCUCUCGUAGGUUCACCAUGAAGACCGUGCUGAUGCUGGCCGACCAGAUGAUCAGCAGAAUCGAGUAUGUGCAUACCAAGAACUUUAUCCACAGGGACAUUAAACCGGAUAAUUUCCUGAUGGGGAUCGGGGCUCACUGCAAUAAGCUAUUCCUUAUUGACUUUGGACUGGCCAAAAAGUAUCGAGACAACAGAACCAGGCAGCACAUACCCUACAGAGAAGAUAAGAAUCUCACCGGCACUGCCAGGUAUGCCAGCAUCAAUGCACACCUUGGCAUCGAGCAGAGCCGUCGAGAUGACAUGGAGUCCCUGGGCUAUGUGUUGAUGUAUUUUAACAAGAGCAGCCUGCCCUGGCAAGGACUGAAGGCUGCAACCAAGAAGCAAAAGUAUGAAAAGAUCAGCGAAAAGAAGAUGUCCACCCCUGUGGAAGUUCUGUGCCAGGGGUUUCCUGCAGAAUUUGCCAUGUAUCUCAACUACUGCCGUGGCCUGCGCUUUGAAGAGGCGCCGGAUUACAUGUAUCUGAGGCAGCUAUUUCGUAUUCUUUUCAGGACUCUGAACCACCAGUACGACUACACUUUCGAUUGGACAAUGUUAAAGCAGAAAGUGACCUAAAAGGCAAGCUCUUCUAGUGGGUAGGGUCGGCAGACCCCCCCCCCCCAAGCCCCACAGCUUUCCAAGCAUGAAGAGAAA